ACUUCUGUCGAGUGUGACUGUCUGAGCUCUCUCUCAUUUCAGAACCCAAAAAAUCUCAAAUAUAAGCAGAAAAACCUCGGUUUUCUUCCUCUCCUCCUGCUCUGCUCUGGUUUGGUUAUUCUCUCUCUCUCUCUCUCUCUCUUUUGCAGUUACAGUAGAGGCAGGAAUGGAAUCAAUUCCCGCUAGGCAUCUGAUUUGUGCGACAUAUAGUAAUAGCAGCUUCCUCAUCAGAUGCCCAUCAUUCCAUCUAACCAGAAUCCGAGUGCCAAAUACCCGCUAUCCCUUUGUUCUCUGCUCCAGAAAAUCUGCUUUCCAAGAUUUUCAGGGUUAUGCAAAUCCUUUGCGUCUUUUGCCAUCCAAGGAACCAGAAGUUUGCAGAGGUUCUUCACUGGAAAACGUGCUUCAAUCUUUCAAAGUUGGGGGGUCUGAGUGUUUAUACAAAGUCAAGCUACAAACGAGUAACACCUAUGGAUCUGGUCUAAGUGACAUAAAUGCUGGUAUCCUUCUUUGUUUGAUAGAUGCAAAGGGCGACUCAAUCUUACAGAGGAUUCCAGCAAGUUUGAUUAAAGAUCACUCUAAUCAAUUAGAGGACAACUAUGUUUCUGAUGAGGCCCUCCAUUUUCAUCGCGGUUCUAUUGAUGAGUUCAUUUUUGAGGGACCUAAACUGGGGAAACUUAGUUCUUUAUGGAUCAGCCUUGAAUCAGGUCAAUGGAGACUUGGAGGUGUAGGCUUGAUUGCCCUUUGUUGUAAUGAACUUACCUCAGAAGCAAAUGACAGAAAUAUUGAGUAUUUUGUUUCUGAGUACAGAUUUGAGGUAGAGGAUACCUUACUCGGUGAGGGCAGUGACAUUUCUAUGGCAGAACUCAGGCCUUGUCUAGUUAAGGAAUUUUCUGGGGACAACUUGAACGUAUUAUCUGAAAACUUCUUGCAACCUACUACACUGGUUGCUAGUAGUGGAUCGUCAAAUGAAGAAAGCAUGAAAAAGUAUGCAGAACUAAAGCUGUCUCUGUUACUUUACGAUGCUUUGCUUGUCCUUGCUGGUUCAUCAGUCGCAUCCUUCUCAGCCGGGGAAAACGCUGCGGUUGCAUUUUUAUGUGGUGGGAUUGGUGGCUUCCUCUAUCUAUUCUUGCUGCAAAGGUCUGUCGAUGGGCUGCCAGCCCCUGCAUUGACAUCGAUGAAAAACCUGGGAAAAUCUGAUCAAAUCUUCCGAAAGGGUCCAUUGUGGAGCCUAGUAUUAGCAUUUACAUUAUCUGUUGUUGCAGUGAAGUAUGGGUCGGGAGGUGGUGUCACGCCGGCGUUAACCCCGAAAGAACUCCUCUCCGGAAUGCUUGGAUUCCUUGCUAGUAAAGUUGCAGUGGUGCUGGCAGCUUUGAAACCCUUGCCAACGGGUCUUGAGCAGAACAAGUAAGGGAUUUUUUAUUUUUUCUUUAGUUCAUACACACAAGUGAAAAUGACCGGCUAGCUAGAAUAUAUUCCUGUAACCGACCUCACUUGGUAGAAGAACGAAGACUUGAUAUGAUGCUGGUAGUCGUCCAUAUGCACAGGAAGAGCUCUACAUUUGAACUUUUAUAAGCUUUAGGAAAGCAUUCUUAUAAACGACUACUACUUGAAAGAAAGAAAUAAACAAAGGGCUCGUUUGGUUA